GGGUGGGGGAGGGGCGCAGGUGGGCGGCGGUGGUCAUCCCCAUGGCAGUGGCGUAGGUGGGUGGUGGCGCUGAGCCCGACGAUGGAUGCACUGGUCGCUCCCGUGCAUGGUGGUGGGGGAGGUGCGCAGGUGGGCGACGGUGGUCAUCCCCAUGGCAGUGGCGUAGGUGGGUGGUGGCGCUGAGCCCGACGAUGGAUGCACUGAUCGCUCCCGUGCGUGGUGGUGGGGGAGGUGCGCAGGUGGGCGACGGUGGUCAUCCCCAUGGCAGUGGCGUAGGUGGGUGGUGGCGCUGAGCCCGACGAUGGAUGCACUGAUCGCUCCCGUGCGUGGUGGUGGGGGAGGUGCGCAGGUGGGCGACGAUGGUCGAGCUGCGCAGGUGGUCGGUGGUGGUCGCCUCCGUGGUGGCGGUGCAGGUGGGCGGCGGCAUUGGACCUGAUGGUGGCUCGUGCGGGCGGUGGUGUUGGACGAUUUUUCUUUUUGUUGCAAAAAUUAUAACGAACUACAUCUGUGACAAGUUUUUCUUUAGUUUUUAUGUCUUGACUCGUACUCUAUCAUGUUUUUAAUUUAUUUAUCUGAAUCAGAAACCGAAUCAGUAUUUUUAUCUGUCAUCCUUUAUUACUUUCACCUGACAUGUGGGGAUGGCUGACAGGGAGGGGCGUCCAAACAAACUAUAUGUACCACGUGACCAGGUACAGGUUCAGAGUACAGGUGCGUCAGAGCUCUUAAUAGAGCCAACCUCAGUCCGCUCCCCCGUCAUGAAUCGUAUGUACGUACACUGUGAGCCUGCAGUGUAUAAAUCUUUUUCAAUUCCUGUAUUCCUUCGGCAGUGACCUGCAGCACACAUCCCCAUGCGUCAAGUUGCACAGUCCAAGGCAUUGCUUAAGUUGAGUUGAAAUGAAUAAAACAGACAGAACAAUUUAUCAAGGGAAAACCCCUAGAGUCAAUCCGCUCUUAAUUUUCAAACAAACUAGUGGCUAGUUUGUAUUCUGUUAAUUGACACAUCAUUCAGCACCAUAAUGGCGUCGGGUGUGUGUACCUUUCAAUCAGCCUAGCUAGUGUAAAAGAAGGACCCUUACUAAUUUGAGGUGGAGCACUGUUGCUUGCCAGCCUAAAAACCUCUAUAUCCAAGCACCACCACGAGUUACUGAGAAAGUUCAAACUCCGAUGCUCCUUCCAGCUCUGGGUGGCUGGGUAUUCUUCCAAGCUCCCAUCCAUGGCUUCUCUCGUCUUCCUCCUCCUAUUCGGCCAAAUCCUACUCUGCACAGCCGUGGACACCAUCACCUCCACCACACCGUUGUCCGGGUCACAGCAGAUUGUGUCCCAGGGCAGCAAGUUCACCUUGGGCUUCUACUCCCCACCGCAAGGUAACACCACCUCUAGCAAUUACUACAUAGCCAUAUGGUACAGCAACAUACCACUGGUGACCACGGUGUGGACGGCAACCACCGAUGUGCCAGUGUCUGACCCGACCACCGCCUCCUUGGAGAUCGCCAGCGACGGCAACCUUGUCCUCCUUGAUCAAGCCAAGAACCAGCUGCUAUGGUCGACCAAUGAAAGUAUAGCCUCCAACUCCACCAUGGCCACCAUCAGAGAUAGCGGUAGCCUCGACCUCACUGACGCCUCGAAUUCAUCGAUAGUUUACUGGCGAAGCAUAGACCAUCCAACAAACACCUGGCUUCCAGGGGGAAAACUCGGGCGGAAUAAGAUCACCAGUGUGAGCCAGAGGCUUGUUGCUUGGAAGAACAUGGCAGACCCGUCUCCAGGGUUGUUCACGCUGGAGCUGGACCCAAAUGGCACACCACAGUUUUUCAGCCAGUGGAAUUCGUCCAUAACCUACUGGUCCAGCGGCCCUUGGAAUGACUAUAACUUCAGCUUUUCACCGGAGAUGACAACCACUUACGCAUACGAAUCCCAAUUCAUCAACAACGACACAGAAGGCUAUCUGUUCUACUCGCUCAAGGAUGUCUCGGUUGUCUCGCGGUUCAUCAUUGACGUCGGCGGACAGAUCAAGCAGCUGAGAUGGUUGGGAUACUCACAGCAGUGGGUCGUGUUCUGGUCCCAGCCACGGUCACAGUGUGAGGUGUAUGCGCUCUGUGGGGCAUACGGCAGCUGCAACCUCAAUGCCCUGCCGUACUGCAACUGUGUCCAGGGGUUCAGCCAGAAGGUUCAGAGUGACUGGGACCUCCAAGAUUACAGUGGUGGGUGCAAGAGGAAUACACCAUUGCAGUGCCAGACCAACUCAACUUCUGCACAGGCUCCAUCUGAUAAGUUCCAUGUCAUGGAAGAUGUGCGCCUACCUGAUAAUGCUCAGGAUGCAGUGGCUACAAGCUCUCAGGAAUGUGAGGUGGUUUGUCUUAAUAGUUGCUUUUGCACUGCUUACACUUACAAUUACACUGGGUGCUUUGUUUGGCAUGGGGACCUGAUUACUCUCCAAGAUCAGUACAGGGGAAUUGGAGGAGGCACACUCCUCCUCAGGCUAGCAGCAUCCGAGCUACCAGAUCAGCAAAGGAAGAAAACAACGAUCAUUGGCUCAGUUGUUGGCGGACUUGCUGCAGUUUUGAUAAUCCUUGCAGUUGUGUUGUUCUUCAUAUCUCAGAAGUUCCGCCGAGACAGAACUCUUCGGAUAUCCGGAAAUGCUGGGGGUGCACUGACUGACUUCAAGUACAGUGAUUUGUUAAAUGAUAUUCAAAGCAUCGACUCUCUUCUUCUCGAUCUAUCAACACUAAGAGUGGCUACAAAUGACUUCAGCGAAGGAAAUAUGCUUGGUAAAGGAGGUUUUGGAAUGGUUCAUAAGGGAGUCCUACCUGACGGUAAACAAAUAGCAGUAAAAAGGCUAUCUCACAGUUCCAGACAAGGAAUAGGUGAACUGAAAAGUGAACUAGUCCUUGUUGCUAAGCUUCGCCAUAGGAAUCUUGUGAGCCUAAUUGGCGUUUGUUUGGAAGAACAAGAGAAAAUACUUGUGUAUGAAUUUAUGCCCAACAGAAGCCUUGAUACCAUUCUUUUCGAUGUUGAGAAACGCAAAGACCUAGAUUGGGGAAGGAGGUUCAAGAUUAUCAGUGGAGUUGCUAGGGGAUUACAAUAUCUCCACGAAGAUUCUCAAUUGAAGAUAGUUCACCGGGACCUGAAAGCAAGCAACAUUCUGUUGGACUUUGAUUACAACCCUAAGAUUUCUGAUUUUGGCUUGGCAAAGAUAUUUGGAGGGGAUCAAUCAGAAGAUGUCACUAGACGUAUUGCCGGGACAUAUGGAUACAUGUCGCCUGAAUAUGCCAUGCAUGGUCAAUACUCAGCAAAGUCGGAUGCGUUCAGCUUCGGCGUUUUGGUUUUGGAGAUCGUCACGGGAAGAAGAAACAACGGCUCCUGCAACUCCGAGCAAUAUGUUUAUCUCGUAAAUCUUGUAUGGGAACACUGGACCAGGGGAAAUGUCGUCGAGUUGAUCGAUCCAUCCCUUAGCGGCCAUCCUUCUCACGUUGACCAGGUGCUGAAAUGCAUCCGAACCGGGCUGCUGUGUGUGCAGAACAGACCUGAAGAUAGGCCGACAAUGUCGUCGGUAAAUGCCAUGCUUACCAGCCAGAGUGUCCGUCUCCCUUCUGUUUCCAUGCCAGCCUUCUGUGACAGAUUGAGUGGAUACAGUGAUAAUUCAGAAUCGGAGUCUUCGAAUGGAAUGACCAUCACAAAGCUUGAGCCAAGAUGAGCCUUGAAGCAGUUGCUGAACCAGUUUGUACUAGUGUUACUUUACUACCCCGUCCAUCCCAUAAUAUAAGAGCAUUUCUGACACUACACUAGUGUUGAAAAUGCUCUUAUAUUAUGGGACGGAGGGAGUAUCUCCUAGAGAUGAGCUUGAUGUACCUGGUGCUUAUGUUUCAUGGUUAUGAUGAAAAGUCUUAUGUGCCUCCAAGGUUAUCUUCAGUAUCAGUUUUGCUGUGAAGUGAGAUUAUGGUAUUUCUGCUGGAGAAAAUGUCAGUGGCAUUAUUAGCUGCGAUAUUUGGCUCAUACAAAUACAUGUAUCAAUAGUUAAUUUAGCAGCCUCUCCAUUUUGGCUAUCUUCUAAGAUUAGCUUUCGUUCUGUAAAAUUUCACUUGCAAUAUAGACAAGGUUUUCAUAUGGAUCUUGGUGGUUUUCUAUGGUGCA